UUUUUAGUUUCCUUCACUAAGCAUCCGGUUGUUUGGUCCAGUUAUGUAAACAAAAAUAUCGUGUGUACAUUGCAUGUCCUUUAAAAUGAACAGGUAGUGGAGAAUGGAAUAACCAAUCGGUGUUUAGCAUGUACUGUAUCAAGUCUGCAGUCUCCAAGAAUGUCACUGCCUUUACUCCUUGUAAAAACCUCCUGGCAGUGAAAGGGCAAUGUUUCUGGACAACAAGCAAGGAACCGCCCACAAACUACGAGAUACUGGGAGUAAAGAAGGAUGCUUCUAGUAAAGAAAUCAAGGAGGCAUACUUUGAAUUGUGUAAAACGAUGCACCCAGACAGUAACAGUGGAACAAAAGAUGUUCAGAACUUUGUGGAGUUGAAUAAAGCCUAUAAUGUUCUAAUAAACGAGAGUAAAAGGGCCAGAUAUGACAAAAAGUUAAAGGGGGAGGAGUUUUACAACCAAGGUUUGUCCAGUGAGGAGACCAAAGACACUGUGGUUUACGCUCCUUAUAUAAGGAUUUUUAUUUUGAUUAUCUAUGUGAUCGGAUUAACCCAAUUCGGUAAAAAACAGAAUUAUAACGUACGAAGUGAAUGGAGAAGUUCAGAUCAACCCAAAUGACAAUCCUCUUAAUGAAUCAAUAAACUUUUUGAAAGUAAUUACAACUUGGUUAUGUGAGAGUAUGUAUAGAGUGUUUGCAAGUGUAAUUAUGGUUUGCUCAUAUGCAAGAGUAAUUUAUGUAUGUGAGAGAAAUUACAUGUAAUUAAUGUUCAUGUGGGAUCAAUUACUUUUGUUUUUGUAAGAGUGUGAAUAUUAUUACAAUUUGUUUUAUUAUUGUUGACUUAUAUAUUUGAAUCUGUGUACAAUGUUAAAGAAAUUUAAUGGGUUUUUAAAAAUGAUUAUGAAAUUAUAAAAAA